AUGAAACUGAUGAAACUCUAACAAAAUAUGAAGCUUUGAUAAAAAAAAAAACUCUAACAAAAGAUGAAGCCUUAAUAAAAGAUGAAAUUAAUUAUUUGAAAAUGAUACAACUUAUUGAAACACCAAAGAAUUAUCUUGAAACUUUCUUAAGUAACUUAUUAAAUGUUGAAGAAUAA